AUGGGGUCUCGUCAAGCGCUGGGCAGCUUGGCCUACCCUUUACCCAGGUGCACCGGCACUGGCCUACCCUUGGCUCCCGGCACCGGCUGCGUGAGGCAGAGCCGAAGAGAGAAGGAGAAAGCCAGCAUUUCAGGCUCGACUGUGGACGAAUGGGAUCUGGACUCUGGGAUGCCAGGAUCCCUUCCAGAAGAUAGCGGCUCUCUAAUACUGGUGGAAGGCGAUGGGGAGACCAGGGAGGGCUGGGUGAAGAUCGACACCAUCGCCCCUGACAAGAGCUUCUCCCGGGUGGAGCAGAACCUGCCCCACCAGUACCAGCCCAACCGGCUGCACAGGGUCAACGUCAAGACCCGGAGCUUCGGACCCCUGACGCGCCGGGGCUUUGUCCUGGCGUUUGUGGACAGCGGGGCCUGCAUCUCCCUGAUGGGCGUGUCCAUAUUCUACAGGAUGUGCCCGCAGACCACUCAGAACCUGGCNGUCUUCCCUGACACUCCCUCAGGGGCGGAGCCUGCUGCUCUGGUCCCGGUGGAUGGGGCCUGCGUUCCCAACAGCCUCCCGCAGGCGGGGGCCCUGCCCAAGCUGCAUUGCAACGCGGAGGGUGAUUGGAUGGUGGCGGUCGGCGGCUGUGUCUGCAAUGAGGGGUCGGAACCCAACCAGAACAGCACUUCCUGUGUGGCUUGUCCAGUGGGCCAGUAUAAACCAGAACCUGGCCUGACCCGCUGUUCCGUCUGUCCGUCUCACAGCAGGACUACUGUGGAAGGGUCCAGGGUCUGCGAGUGCCAGAGCGGCUUCUACAGAGCGGACACUGGCUGUACAGCUCCACCCUCGGCACCUCUCUCCCUCUCCUGGGAGUACGAGGGCUCAGGCGUCCUACUGCGCUGGCGGCCUCCCCUCAGUGCUGGUGGUAGAGAUGAUCUCUCCUAUACCAUCCAGUGUCGAGUUUGUCCCAUAGCGCCCCCUGCUGUCUGUGUGCGGUGUGGAGACUCUGUCACCUACAGCCCCCGGCCCAGUGGACUGACCCAGACUAGGGUGCUACUGGGGAACCUGCUGACCAGGGUCACUUACCUCAUACAGGUUCAGGCGGUCAAUGGGGUGUCAGGUCUGAGUCCUUUACCUCCCCAAUUUGCCACUGUCAAUUUCAGCACCAGCCAAUCAGUGCCCUCUCCUGUCCCCUUGGUGCACCAGGUGAGCAGGUCGGCUGACUCUAUCACCCUGUCUUGGCCCCAACCAGAGCAGCCCAAUGGGGAGAUCCUGGAGUACCAGCUCAGAUACUACGACAAGAGUACAGAUGAGGACAGCUCCUUCUCUCUGCUCAGUCAGACCAACAUGGCCACAGUAGGUCAGCUGUCCCCGGGGUCCAUUUACGCCUUUCAGAUCCGCGCGCGCAACGAGCGAGGCUAUGGGCCGUACAGCAACACUGUGUACUUCACCACACUGGGUGAGGAGGAGCACUCGCAAGCCCUGCAGAGUCACCUGCCCCUAUUGGUCGGCUCCGUGAUGGGCGGGGCUGCUUUCCUCUUGGUUGCUGCAGCUCUGGUCCUUGUGUUUGUGUUCCGAAGUAAACGCAGGGAGAGCCCUUACAGUGAUCGACUUCAGAGGUACAUCACUAACAGAGGAGGUGGUGUGAAGUACUAUGUUGAUCCCUCCACUUAUGAGGACCCAAACGAAGCCGUCCGCGAAUUUGCUCGAGAGAUCGACCCGGCCCAUAUCAAGCUCGAGGCGGUGAUUGGUGCAGGUCAGUUCGGGGAGGUGCAGCGGGGCCGGUACCGGUCGGGGGGCCGGGGGGAAGUGGCGGUGUGCGUACGGACCCUGCGGCCGGGCGUGUCGGAGGUGGCGAGGCGGGCCUUCCUGGCGGAGGCGGGCGUGAUGGGCCAGUUCGAUCACCCCAACGUCCUGCGGCUGGAAGGCGUGGUCACCCGCGGCGGCCCGGAGAGGAUCGUCACCGAGUACAUGGACAACGGACAGCUCGACAGCUUCCUCAGGGAGAACGAGGGACAGUUCAGCGUGCUCCAGCUGGUCGGGAUGUUGAGAGGCAUCGCCGCGGGGAUGCGGUACUUGUCCGAGAAGAACUUUGUCCACCGUGACCUGGCGGCCCGCAACAUCCUGGUCAACGCCAACCUCGUGUGCAAGAUCUCUGACUUUGGGCUCUCCAGGCUGAUGAGGAACCAGGAGAAGAACAUCCCCACCUACACAGCUUCACUGGGUACUAAGAUUCCAGUCAGGUGGACAGCCCCAGAAGCAAUUCAGCACAGAAAGUUCAGCACAGCAAGCGACGUCUGGAGCUUUGGAAUCGUCAUGUGGGAAGUGAUGUCAUACGGAGAGCGCCCAUAUUGGGACAUGAGCAAUCAGGAGGUGAUGAAUGCAGUUACAGAUCAGUACCGCCUGCCUGCUCCUCCCAGCUGCCCAGCUGCUCUGCACAUACUCAUGCUGGACUGCUGGACCCAGGAGAGGACAGAAAGACCCGGGUUCGACAACAUCGUCUCCACACUGGACCGGCUCAUGAGACACCCCUCCAUGCUCAAAACUGUCACAACCACCAGGCCUUCGCAGCCCCUGCUGAGCCACGCGCCGCCGGAUUUCUCAGCCGUGCUGACCGUGUCAGACUGGCUGGACGCGCUCAAGAUGGGGCGCUACAAGGAGGAGUUCGACCAAGCCGAGCUCCAUUCCCUGGAAGCUGCAGCUGGCCUGACGCUCGAGGAUAUCCGGAGACUCGGGGUGUCCCUGCUGGGCCAUCAGAAGAAAAUCCUGAAUGGAGCCCAGCAGCUGAGGGUCCAUCUGAACCAGGGACAAAUAGAGGUGUAGAGAGAGCAGAAGGAGGAGCUCAAGGGAGGGAGAAAGGCCGAAGAAAUAUCCCAUUCCCUGUCCUUCACUCACGGUCUCUCUUACCUUCUCUUCUCACCAGCUUUCUCACUCUGAUCAUCCUGCCCGCUGUCCUGCUCUCCACACCCCUCUUCACCUUUCUCCCUCUUUCAAACCCCUCUCUCCUGCUCCCAGUAUUUCUCUUUCACCCUCUCCACCUCCCUCACCUCACCACAAUUCCUCAUCUAAUUAAAACUCUCUGUAUUCCUGUUUCAGGAAGGCAAGACAAUUCCACUGAGGUGGGGGGGUGAGGAUGGGGGUUCUCUUCCAGGAAGGGCGGAUUAGUCCACUUUCUGUGGGGAAAGGGGGAGGAUGUUCUCUAUCUUGUGAACUUUACCAUGGUUGCCACCUUAUAAUAGGGGGGUUCACGCCUGGUCCAGGAGAGGAGUCAGGUCUAUAGACUCUUACUGACCUGAAUCAGCUUGUUGCUGAUUUGAUUGGACCAGUUGAACAGCUUCUCCCAGGACUUCAGGUGCUGACUCUUCCAGACGUAGACUGGACACCCCUGCUGCAGACGCACUUACGCCUGCAGGACCAGGACUGGACAGCCCUUCUGUAGACACACACACUGAC